GGCGAGCCUAUGGGCGCGCGAGGCGAGGCGAGGCUUGGUGCAAAAGGAGGCUCGAGAGCGAGCUAGCGAGCGUCCGUCCGUCCGUCCACCCGACACUCACCCCAUCCCAUCGUAGAAGCGGCCACCGCUAGCCAGCCCGCCAGCCCGCCCGAAAACAGCAACAUGGCAAAACGUGAUCCCAAGAAGCCAAGAGGCAAGAUGUCCUCCUAUGCCUAUUUCGUUCAGACUUGCCGUGAAGAACACAAGAAGAAAAGUCCUGAUAUUCCAGUUAACUUCUCAGAUUUCUCAAAAAGAUGCUCUGAAAGAUGGAAGACCAUGUCCAGUAAAGAGAAGGGCAAAUUUGAAGAUUUGGCUAAAGUAGAUAAGGCACGUUAUGAUCGAGAAAUGAAAAAUUACACGCCAGCCAAAGGUAGUAAGAAGAAGAAAGACCCCAAUGCACCCAAAAGGCCUCCGUCUGGAUUCUUCUUGUUUUGCUCGGAACAUCGACCAAAAAUCAAGGCUGUGAGUCCUGGCUUGUCUAUUGGUGAUGUAGCAAAGAAGCUUGGUGAACUGUGGAAUGCAUGCAGUGAUGAGGAGAAGAAGCCAUUCAAUAGCAAGGCUUAUAAGCUGAAAGAAAAAUAUGAUAAGGACGUUGCGGAUUAUCGUGCCAAAGGCAAAGUGGAUAGCGCAAAGAAACCCCCAGCCAAGAAGGAGGCAUAUUGUGAUGAUGAUGAUGAAGAUGAUGAUGAGGAGGACGAAGAGGAGGAGGACGAUGAAGAGGAUGAUGAUUAAAAUGUAUAUUUGCCUCUGCAUAAUUACUUGCUAUGUAACUGAAAGCAUUUAAACCCUGUUACAAGUGUUGCAACCUUUUAAUUUUGUAAGUUGGUGUGUAUAUUGUCCAAGGCAAAAAGUAGCUUGAGUUUUAAACUGUACAGGCCUUUUUGUAAUAUUCACACUACAGCGGUGAACAUUGAGCUGUUAACUCUUCUUUCUGUAAACUGGCAAUUUCUUGUACAGAAGGGGGAUUUAACUGGAUUAAAAUGUAUUUAUGUGGUGUUUUGUGUUUAAGUGCAGUAUAGUUUAAAGUGCCGUUGUAGCCAAUUCAAUUUGAGAUUGCUGUAAGUAUGAGAAAAGGAGCAAUCAAAGUAAAAAAAAAUCAAAAAUCAGAGUUGUCAGUAUUUGAAGCCUGCCAUGCUUAUAGACAACAUCAUGCUGUAUCUAA